AUUUCUGUCAUUUCAAUUUCUAAGUACUCGCAAUGGCUUAAAGAGAUAAUUCACCCAAAAAAGAACGUCCUCUCUUCGUUUACUCACCCUCAUGCCAUCCCAGAUGUGUAUGACAAUAUUUAAUUAAUUUGUACUAUAAAUCUCUGCUUUCACAAUCUUUUGUUUUUGCUGAUUAACAUUCUUUGUUCAUAUCACCACCUACUUGGGAGGGAGGAGAAUGUAUAGUAAACAAGACUUAAAUAUUGAUCUGUCUCACCCACACCUAUCAUAUAGCUUCUGAAGAUAUAGAUUUAAAGGUGCAUUCAGUAGUUUGGAGCAAAUUUAAAAAGUUUUACAUAUUAACAAAUUAAUUGUGUUUUUGUGAAGUUCGAUCAAAUACACUCACAUGAGAUGAAGACUGCACUCAUAAUAGUUUUCUAUAAAAAGUGUUUUAUUGUACAUGGUGCGGGUCUCCCCUUUCAAUGUGUUUCACGAUGUUGAAAUCACACGACCCGUAGUGUUUCACUAAAUGUUGAAGAAGAGAAUCCUUGCGCUCAUUGGCUGCUGCUAGUGUAGAUACUCUUGGUUAUGCUUCGAACAUUGUUUGGUGACGCAAAAAUAAUCAGAAUGAGCUUUAUUGGCAAGUAUGCUUGUACACAUAAGGAAUUUGUCAUUGUGACAGAACACAGAACAUACUUAUUUAUCGUGCUUUAGCAGCAGAGACGAUGGGAGAUCCAGUAGCUGUACAGCUGAAGAAGCAAAAAAGUUUUGAAGCACUUUGCUUCAAGCAAGAAGACUGAAAGACCGGCAAAGGCAAAAAACUAGAGUAAACAUUGAUAUCUUGGUAAGGCAACUACGUCUUCAUUUGUUUAGUGCAAAGUUGCUUGGUACAGCGAUUGUUGUGGAUUUUGUGCAAACCAUGAUGUUGGUUACUUGGAAAUAAAAUGAGUUCUUCAAGUACUGUAUUCAUGGACAUGCUAAAUUUGAUCAUCAAAAACAAAUCUUUCUUUUACCAAAACAUUUUGUAUCACUAGAUAAUUUAGGUUUAUUUUAUGCUAAGCAGUUCUCUAAUAAAGGUAAUAACUGUCUUCAGAAAUAACAUACAGUCUCCAAAGAUUAUUGAUAUGAGAGACAAUAAUAAUCUAUCCUUAACAGUAGAAGCUUGUUUGUUUUUAGGCAAUUAUAUUAUAGUUGUAUUAAAUAACUUAAGAAAUGACCUUAAACUGUGACAUUUUCCAUAUGCAAAUGAUAUUCCAAAAGUGACGGGGCAGCUCAGACAAUCAUGCUGAUCCACGUCGAAAGUUGGCAGUACAGCGUCUUAACACCACUGUAACAUCGAUACUUAAAAUGCAUGAAGAAGAGCAAUGCUAGCUAACAUACUAGAUAGCUAGAUAACAACUUUAACCACUGGAGUCUUAUGGAUUAGUCUUAUGUGGUUUUUUUGUGUGUAUGUUUUUUUUUUUGAGCUUCUAAGGCCUGGUCACCAUUCGCUUGGAUUGUAAGGACCAACAGAGGCAGCCCUACGCCAAACAGAUGUGGUUCUGGAAGUUGGUCCUGGAACUGGUAACAUGACUGUCAAACUUCUGGAGAAAGCCAAGAAAGUAGUUGCAUGUGAGUUGGACACCAGGCUUGUUGCGGAACUUCAGAAAAGAGUUCAGUGCACUCCGAUGCAGAACAAGCUUCAGAUACUCAUAGGAGAUGUCCUUAAAACAGAGCUGCCCUUUUUUGAUGUCUGCGUGGCUAAUUUGCCUUAUCAGAUAUCGUCACCUUUUGUGUUCAAGUUGUUACUUCACAGACCAUUUUUUAGGUGUGCAGUGCUAAUGUUCCAGAGAGAGUUUGCCAUGAGGUUGGUGGCUAAACCAGGAGACAAGCUAUACUGCAGGCUUUCCAUCAACACACAGCUUUUAGCUCGGGUGGACCAUCUUAUGAAGGUGGGAAAGAACAAUUUCAGACCACCUCCAAAAGUUGAGUCCAGUGUGGUUAGGAUAGAGCCAAAAAAUCCACCACCACCUGUCAACUUCCAGGAAUGGGAUGGCCUUGUCAGAAUUGCUUUUGUUAGAAAAAACAAAACACUCAGUGCUGCCUUCAAGUCUUCUGCGGUUGAGCAACUUUUGGAGAAGAACUAUAGAAUCCACUGCUCAGUGCACAACAUAGAAGUACCACAGGAUUUUAUCAUUGCUCAGAAAAUUGAAAAUGUCCUCCAAGUGUCCAAGUUUAAUGAAAAGAGGGCCCGCUCCAUGGAUAUAGAUGAUUUCAUGGUGCUUCUUCAUGCAUUCAACUCAGCUGGGAUACACUUCUCCUAAUCCUUAAGGAACAGCUACUAGGUUGACAGGAAGUGAUGUCAGUCUUAUGGUAUCCUAUGAAUGUAAUUUCGUUCUCAAUGCCAUGCAAUGGGACACUUACUCAUUUAGGUUGUGAAGGUUUUAUGUGCCUUUCCUGAAUGGGAAAGUAUUUGCAGGUUCUUUUUCAGAUGGUGGAAAAAGUUGUUGAGUGUGUGGUGACUGUAUCUAAAGCUUUAUUUACAAAGAGUAUUCGUACUCACCAUCUAUCUUAGUACUACAUGCCCUGUCCUGCCCACUGUGUACUACUCAAUACUGUCAGGGUGAGAAAUGAUUAGCAUUUACGGACAUUAUACCUACAGUUACCAUCACUGUACUAUGUAAACUUUGACAUGUAAAUAUUUUAUGGCAAAUUAUAUUUACGUAAUAGGUUUAUAUACCAUUGAAUAAAUACUAUUUGUGUUGACAAAAUGUAAGCAUGAUUUUGAGUAUUCCAAGAUUUCUGGAUGAAGCAUUUAAAAAAACAAAACAAAAAAAACCCUGCCAAGAUAUUAUUUAUUUUUCCACAAAAUAUUCAGGCUUAACGGAAUAUUCUGGGUUCAAAACAGUUUAAGCUCAAUAGGCAGCAUCUGUGGCACAAUGUUGAUUAUCAAAAAAAAUAGUUUUGACUCCCUUAGAAAAGCAAAAAUCAAGGUCACAGUAAGGCACUUACAAUGGAAAGGCAUGGGGUACAUAUUUGGAGGGGUUUAAAGGCAGAAAUGUUAAGCUUAUAAUUUUAUGAAAGCACUUAAGUUAAUUCUGUUAAAACUUGAAUAUGAGCUGUAACUGUCUUUUUAGUAUUUUUUUUUUUACAGAACGUUGUCAUGGUAACAAAGGUGUAAAAUUGGCUUUACACAGAAAAGUUUAGUAAAUGAUUUUAUCACACUAAAAACUUAUUGUUUAUGUCUUUUGAAAAUGUAUUUUAAUGUUUACGGAUCAGCCCCCAUUCACUUCCAUUUUAAGUGCCUCAUUGUAACCCAUAUUUAUAUAUUAAGAUACAUUUUUUUGUUGUUUUAAUCAGUAUACUGCCACAAAUGCUGUCAAUUGAGCUUAACUUGUAUUGAACCCGGAAUAUUCCUUUAAGAAUGUUUUGAGGGUGCCAUUAUCCCAUAAGUACGUGCCCAUUUCUAUAAACAUUCAGGGUGCUCUACUUUGAAGUGGUCGAACUUAUGACAUAGUCUCUGUUAACGAGUAACCUUUUCCAUGAGGCAGCUCUGAUGGGCCCUGUAAUGUGUGUACAAAACCCAUCUGGACCACACCCGAUGUACACUGGGCACAGAGUCGUGACUCAUUCCAUAGUGAAGUUAGUUAAGGGUGUAACACUACGGUGGCAUUAUUGGGACAUCAGACUGGCAGAACAGAUUCUGACCAUACACAACCUAGGUUGACCCAGUAUAUGUUUUUCCAUUAAACAUUUUAUAGAGACAAAAGAGACCCUAUUGUUUCUAACCACCACUUGUAAUUGUGGUUUGAAAAAUACUUUUUCUUUACAAAUACUAAACACUCCAGGCUUUCGUAAAAUGGGAACUGAUAUUGGUUAUUCAUUCACAUGACGUAAUAUAAAACGACUGUAAUUGCAUUGCUGGUUUUAAAAGAUGCAGACCCCAAGAACAUUGAAAAGAUGAAAAAUGAAAAUUCGGUAAUAAUUUGCCAACCCUCAUUUUCUUUCAAACCCGUAUUACAUUUCAUAAAACACAAAAGAUGCUAUGCAGAAUGACUAUAGUCAUCAUUCACGUUUAUUGAAUGGAAAUAAAUAUGCUAUAAAAGUGAAUGGUGACUGAAUCUAACAUACUGUCUUUUGUGUUCCAUGGAAGACAUUCAAAUUGGUUUCAAACAAAAUGAGGGCGAGUAAAUGAUGAUAACAUUUUUAUUUUUUUGGAUAAUAUUUUUUUAAUGGUUUGUUGCCAUUACAGUAUUUACCACUGUGUGGCACUCGAGUAUUGCUAUGGAAGUAUUAUACAGUUUAUGCUGUUGCCAAUAAUGGGUGUUUGGAAGAUGCUGAUGUGUUUUUCUGUAUAAUUCUUAAAAUUAAGAGAACACAUUUUUAUUUCAAGAAAAGCAAGACCGACAGAAAUAGAUUUGUCAAAACAAAUGAUAUAAUUAGAGAACAUUGACUGUUGGUGUUAUGACAUUAAACUCGAUGCAAACAAGAAUGUUUUUUUCCCUCACAAAGAAAGUCACUAAUUUCACUCCCACCAGCACCCAAAAUGUCUUUGUUUGUCACUUGGCUGAAGUUGCUUAGACGGAUCCAACUCUUUGGUAGCUGGGAUUCAUAGGCACCCCGGUGAUACGUCUUGCCCUAUGGGGAGCAGGAAGGAAUUGAUUAAAGGGUUGCAACGCCACAGGUAUACAGCCUUACCUGAGUAACAAUGGCAUGUACUGUCAAUCAAUGAAAUAAUUCACUCCGAUUACCUGAUGAAGAAAAUACAGAAACGCAUUGAUUUGUUUAACUGAUUAAUACAUUUAAAAACUGAGAGUAGGGGUUAACAAAUAUAAAUAUAUUCAAAGUCAGAGCAGGAGUUGAAACAAUAGGUGGAUGGAUGUAUUUUAUUGACCUAUGGAUUAAGAUAUGCAUCUCUUAUGCCAAUUAGGUUUUUGGGUAUUAAAAACCCCAUGAAAUGGCUUGGUAAGUGCAAUGUUUUCUCUCCCUGUGUUGAUGUAUUUCCAAUCAAAGAGCCUUUCCCUUUGUGUCACACACUGGUUGUCGAGAUUAUAAAAAUAAGAAAUCUUUUCAUGGAAAUCAAGUUUGUAGAAAUGUAAUCUUUGUGUCCAUGUUGGUUUCCUUAAUUUUUGAAAGACAAUAGCGUUUAAAAAAAAAAAAAAAAAAAAGAUAUAUAUAUUUGUUUUUUAAAAAAGAACUUCACACACAUUCUCGAGGGUUGGUCCUGUCUGUUUGUUUGUUAGUUUUUUUGUCACAUGACAACAAAAUGGCAACCUACAUGUUGGUUACAGAUCCUGACUUUUAUUUGGUAGAAAAGGUUUUUCAAAUAAGCAUUAUAUUUGAAAACUAAAUUGUUUCACUGCUUCUUUAAAGAAAUAUUAAUAAAAUGUUAUU